CAACACUCCAUCGCACAUUCUCCCACAAUGGACCUCGCUGCGCAGGAGAACCACGCCCGCGCCGAGCGAUGGGAGAAGGGCACCAAAAUCGGCGAGGGCACGUACGCCAACGUGUACAAGGCGACCGAGAAGGCGACAGGACGCAAGGUGGCGAUCAAGAAGAUCAAAGUCGGGAUGAUGAUGGACGGGCUGGACAUGAGUGCGCUGCGCGAGGUCAAGUUCCUGCAGGAGUUGCACCACCCCAACAUCAUCGGCCUCCUCGAUGUCUUCUCCGUCAAGCAGAACAUCAAUCUCGUCCUCGAGUUUCUUGAUACUGAUCUUGAAGCAGUGAUCAGGGACAAGGCGCUCAUCUUCCAGGUCGCGGACAUCAAGGCGUGGAUGGCCAUGAGCUUGCGCGGUCUCGAGUACAUCCACCGGCACGGGGUGCUACAUCGCGACCUAAAGCCUAACAACUUGCUGAUUGCGAGCACGGGCGAGCUCAAGAUUGCUGACUUUGGUCUUGCACGCGAAUUUGGCGACGCUGCGUACAGGAUGACCUCACAGGUCAUUACAAGGUGGUAUCGCCCACCUGAGUUGCUCUGGGGCGCACGGCAUUACGGCUCCACGGUAGAUAUCUGGUCCAUGGGCACAAUCAUGGUCGAACUUGUCCUGCGCGUGCCCUUCCUCGCGGGCGAGACAGACAUUGACCAGCUCAAGAAGACGUUUCAUGCCAUGGGCACGCCGAGCGAGCAGGACUGGCCGGGUCACACCAAGCUCCCAGACUACAUCGCACCGGACCAGUUCUUCCCACAGAACCCGUGGUGGAACAUGAUCUCGUCCGUUGGCAAGGACGGGCAAGACCUCUGCCGCGAGAUGCUUAAGUAUGACCCACUCGCACGACCGAGUGCGAAGAAGAGCCUCAGCCACAAGUUCUUCACAUCUGCACCACGGCCGACGCCGCCCAUUCUCCUGCCCAAGCCCAUGGCGGAGCUGCGCCCUCGCGAGAUCAACCCGGGGGACUUCGGGCCUGGCCCCGCCGCCGACAUUCCCAAGCGCAAAGUCGUGUCGCCGAACGGCGAGGGUGAGCUCAACGAUCGCAGUAUAGCCCGCCGCCUCUUUGCCUAGUGUUGUACAGUAUGCAUGAUAUAUUAUAC